AUGAAGACCCCUAAAGAGAACAGAAUUGUUUGUAGGAGAUUACACAGGGCGAAUAUGAUAUAUGCUACUAUGAGUGAUAAUUAUAAAUACAUAUGUAUUAUUACUUAUUGUGAUAAUAAUUAUAAUGUAGAAUUAUUUAGUACUCAUAAUAGUAUGCAUAAAUUAUUUAGAAAAUGUAUUAAUGAUGAGUUGAAUAAAGUUUAUAUUAGUAAUAAUAAUUCUUAUAUUUGUGUAACCAGUAAGACUGGUAGUAUGUAUAUUAUUAAUAUAAAAGGAAAGAUAAUACAUAAGAAAGAAUCUCUUCAUGCUUUGUAUGUAUGUAAAAGGAAUGGCAAGUCCCCCCACCAGAAAACAUUUCAAAGUAGGAAAAUAAAAUAUGGUAUAAAAAGAAAAAGAAGUCAACAGGGAGAAGGCCACAAUGAAUAUUCUCAUCUGUCAAAAAUUAAGAAAGAGAAAUAUAACUACGAAUUAUUAAAUAAAAUAAACGAAAUUAAAAAUGAUAAUACACCUAUUGUAAACACUUCUGAUCAUAUUAUUAACUUUUAUAAUAAUCAAGAAUUAAUUGAAGGGGCAGAAGAAAAAAAAAUAAAUAAAAUAAAUAGUAAUAGUAAUAAUAAUAUAGAUACAUAUAAAAAUCAUUCAAAAAACAAAGAACACGAAUAUAGCAUACAUAAUCUUUAUUCAAUAAAAAAUGAAAAAAAGACAAAAGAGUCCAAUUCAGAAUGGAAUGACAAAAAAAUAAUGAACUCUAAUUCUUUGCUUUGUUCUGAAUUUUCUUCUAUUAAAAAUUUUUUAUAUGACAAUAGUAUUAAGUCUAUAAGUAGAACUGAAAAUGAUACAUCUAAUAAUGAUAUAUCUAAUAAUGAUAUGUCUAAUAAUGAUAUAUAUAAUAAUAAUAUAUAUAAUAAUAAUAUAUGUAAUAAUAAUAUAAACAAAAAAGAUAUACAAAAGAAUGAAUAUGAAAAACAAGGACUAGAAAUAUUAGAUAUCCACUGGAUAAAUAUAGAGAAAGAAAAUAAAUAUGAAUUUAUUGAAAAAGCGGAUUAUAUUCAUAAUUAUAAUUUCCAUAAUACUAUACAUAUUAUAUAUAGUUUGGAUGUAGGUUUUUAUAUAUUAUGUUCUAUUAAUUUAAAAAUUAUUAUAUAUAAAUAUAAUAUAUUAGAAAAUAUUUAUAAAAAUAUUAAUGUAUAUAAUAAUAUAAGAUAUAAUAUUUCCAGAUAUUUUCAACAAGAAUUAUUAUACAAACGUUCAAAAGAAACAAAUGAAAAAUAUUUAAAAUUUUUAAAAAUAUCCAAAAAGAAAUUAUUAUAUAUUGAUACAAAUUAUAAUAGGAAUUUGUCUUAUAAUAGAUAUAUUAAAACAAACCAAAUAUCAAAAAAAAAAAAAAAUAUACAUGUUAAUAAUAAUAUAACAUCAGUCACCUCCAAUAAUAAUAAUAAUAAAAAAUAUAUGUCACCUUUAUUUAAUAAUCAUGAUAUAAGAAAAUAUUUCUCCUUAUCAUUUAAUAAUCAUCAUGAUAAAAAUAAUUUUUCUUCAAAUAAUCAUAAUGAUAACAAAAAAAAAUUGUCAUCAUAUAGAAAUAAGAACAUUUUGAAUGUAAAAAAUAAUAUAGUCCAACAAAUUUUUAACGAUUCUUUUUUUGAUAUAAAGCAGUCUUAUAUAUCUCAUGACCAACAUUAUAUAUUAAUAAAUUAUUAUUUAAAUAUAAAAAGCAAGUAUGUGAAAUUAUCAAACUUAAGUAUCUACAAUAUUAAGAAUAUAUCCUCCCAGACAAAACAAACACAACCAAAUAAAAAUAAAAAUAAAAAUAAAAAUGAUAAUCAUAAAAAUAAAAAUGAUAAUCAUAAUAAUAAUCAUAAUAAUCAUAAUAAUAAUCAUAAUAAUAAUCAUAAUAAUAAUCAUAAUAACUACAAAACAUUGGUGGAUAUUCAAAAAAUAUGUAAAAAUAGAGAGAAAAAAAAAUUCCAUCAUGAAUAUAUCAUUCCAUCAUAUAAAUAUAAAUCAUGCCUAGUAGGCAUACAAAAAAUUCAUACCCUAAAUAAUAAAGAAUGUAAAUAUAUUGAAAUGCUUGUUUUAUAUAUUCUCUAUUGUUAUGAAAUCCUUCGCACUAUCUUUCAUAUAUAUGAACGUAUGUCUAAUUUAUAUUCUUCAUUUGAUGGUUAUAAAAAAUUAUAUCAAAUAUAUAAAAAUAUUUUAUUACUACCAGAUGCUAUAAAAAAAUAUUAUUACAAAGAUAAAUGUAUCAUUCAUUUUUCAAAGUAUAUAAAAAAUAGGAAAGAAAAUUUCGAUGAAAAUUUAUAUAACCUAUUUUUUAAAGAGAAUGAAAAGAAAGAUUUUGCUAACUAUUACAAAAUUAUUAAUAAAAUGGUAAAAGAAAAAACGGUCUGCUGUUCUUGUGCUAAGCAUAAUUAUAUUAAUCAACAAAAAUUUAAACAAACAGAACAAUAUAUAAAGAACUAUCAAGAUGGUGAUCAAAAUGUAAUUCAUAGUUCAACCAAACAAGAAGACAAUCAUAUAAAUGAUAAUAAUAAUAUAAAUAUUGUGUGUGAUUCAAAUGACUGUGGAAAUAUAGAAACAACAUUUAAGCAAAAAAAACAAAAAGAAAAAGAAAAAGUAAAAGAAAAAGAAAAAGAAAUGAAUAAUAUCUCAAGUGGACAUGUUAAUAAACACUUUAGAGACACAAAUGGAAGAAUAGCAACACACAAGGGUGAUAAUAAUAAUAGUGAACAUCUUAAGGAUGAGAAACAUUAUAAUUAUCAUAAUGAUCAUAUGAAUAAACAUAGAUACUACAAUUGUAAUAAUAAUAAUUUUGAAGAUGAUGAUAUUAAUUAUAGUAGUGAUAAUUGCUCGAGUGUAGAUAUGACAGACGAACAUAAUAUACUGAUUCCAGAGUGGAAAAUUUUAAAUAAAUUUUUAAAAAGUAGAAAGUUUUAUAUAACAAAUGGAGAUACUAUAUGUGAAAAAUGUAAAGAAAUAUUAAAAAAAGAUGUAUUAGAACAUUUUGAAAUUUUUGAAUUAAAUUAUGAUAUACCAAAAAAAAAUAUAAAUUUAAAUGAAGAAGAUAUAUAUAAUUUAUUAAUAAAAGAUAUAUAUAUGUUGUAUAAAGAAAAAAAAUGUCCAAUAAAUAUAUUAUUAUUAUUACAAGAAAUAUCAGAUAAAGAUUUAGAAAUUUAUAUGAAUAAUUUUCAACCAGUAGUUUGUUUUUUUGAAAAAAUAUUUCUUCAAAAUAUAAAUGAACAUAUAAAUAAUUUAUAUAAAAUUAUUAAUAUAUGUAAAGAAUUAUUCGAAAAUAUUAAUUUCAUAUUAAAAACUAAUAUUUCGAAUGAACAUAUAAAUAAAUUAUAUGAUAAUAUUUUAUUCUGUUUAAAUACAUUCAAAUCAUUUUAUGAAUUACAAAAACAUUUAAAUAUAUUCUUAUUAUUAAUAGAAUUAUUAUUAUUUAUAUCUAAAAAUAUAUAUUUUGAAAAUUUCCCUCAUUAUAAAGAAACUUUUUCAAAUUAUAAAAAUAUUGAAAUUCUAAAAAAUUAUAAUAUAGAUACUCAUCACAAUAUCAAUUUUCAUUUCUUUGAUCAGCAUUUACAUUCUAAUCAUAUCAAGACACAUCCAUUAUAUAUUAGAUUCAAUAAAAUUAAAUAUAAUUUAAUUAGUAUACUUAAAUCAUUUUCACAAAAUAAUAAUUUACAUCAUUUAUUUAAUUUUGCUAUAUUCAACGUACCACAAAAUACAUUUAAUUAUUUUACACUCCCAAAAAUAUAUAAUAAAAAAAUAUUUAAUAUAAAUAAUCCUAUUACUUAUUUUAAUGAUUCUAUAUAUAAAGAUUAUGUCCACAUUAACUCUUUCUACCUUUGUAAGUGUGAUCAAUAUUCCUUUAUAAAUAUCACAAAAUAUUAUCAGUCUAAUCAAACAUUUAAAUUGAUAAACACAAAAUAUCUUAAAAUUAAUUUGUAUCCUCUAGAUGUUUUAAAUAUAGUGGCCUUGUCAAAAAACGUCUUUUAUAUAUUUACCAGGAUUGAUCAGAAAUUAAAUAUAACAUCAUUGAAAGUGAAAUAUACUUCAUCCAAGAAAAAUAUUUUAAAAUCUAAAAAGGAAUGCAUCACAUCGAGUAAUAUAUGUGUUUUAAAAUGUUCCAACUUGGAGUCUUAUUUUCCAAAUUCAAAUAAUAUCAAUCUAAAAAUUCAAACCUUAUGUAAUUCUAUCAUUGCAAACUUCGAACCAGAUAUGUGCUUUAUAUUACAAGCGUGA